AUGUCCGACGAAUACCCAGACGCUGGAUCCCCAUCCCAAGACUUCGACGCUUCUAUCCAAGACCGUUCCCCUUCGCCUGCUGCUGAAGAGCGUGCUCAAGGAACAAAUGCUCCUCAGUCUACAGAGCCAAACAAGCUUUUCGUCAGACCUUUGGGUUACGAAACAUCGCGUGAGAUGGUUGAAGCCCACUUCUCUGAGGUUGGUCCUCUUGUGGAUGUGCAAAUGAUGCGCGGCUACGCUUUCAUUACUUAUGAGAACCCUCUGGACGCUACCCGUGCUGUGGACACCUUGACCAACACUGAUCUUGGUGGCGCUCCUUUGCAAAUCGAGUUUGCUCGUGAGAAGAGGGAGGACACUCGUGGCCAACACCGUGCGAAGGCCACAAACUUGCCUGAGGGCACUGCUUGGCAGGACUUCAAGGACUUCGUCAGAGAGAAAACCGGAUGCUCCCCAACUUUUGCUAAGGUCUUCCGUGACUACGACAGCGGCAACACCAUUGGUGCUCUCGAGUUUUCUUCUGCUGAUGAGCUCCAAAAGGCCAUUUCUGAGUUGAACGAGGCUGACUUCAACGGCUCUGUUUUGGCAAUUGAAGAAGACACCUCGCCUUUUGUUCCACCAAAGAGAAGAGACUUCGGUGACUUCAGAGGCGGCCGUGGCGGCAGAGGUGGUCGUGGUGGUAGAGGCGGUCGUGGCGGUUACAGAGACGACUUUAGAGGUGGCUUCAGAGAUGACCGUGGUGGCUUCAGAGGUGGCCGCGGCGGCGGUUUCAGAGGUGGCCGUGGUGGCUUCAGAGAAGACCGUGGUGGCUUUAGAGAUGACCAUGGUGGCUUUAGAGGCGGCAGAGGCGGUUUCAGAGGCGGAAGAGGCGGCUACGACCGUGGCGAAUACCACGGUGACCGUGAGAAUUUCGACAGAGACUCGUACUCGCGUGACAGAUCCCCUACUCGUUACUGA